UACCAACGGUCGGCAAAAUGGCUGAGAAGACGGCUGACUCCCCCGAAACGCUUGUAAACACAUUGACAAAGUUUAUUUUAACCGGGAGGAGCUUACUACAAAUCGCACAAGGAGAAGUCAAAACUGGAUCCUUGCAAGAUUUCAUUAGGAACAAAAUCAGUAUUGAGAGACCAAAAUCACUUCUGGGGUUGAUCGCAGCAGGGGCUGAAUUAUACAAAGGUUUAUCUGUGAAGAAGAAAAAGGAAGCGGAGGACCUUUGGGGCAGCAAGUUCCGUCAUGCAGAAGUACAGGAUGUAGUAGAAGACCUUUUACAGCUCAGUGCUGACUGGGAUACAUUCCUGGAGGGGCUGGACCGUGAGCUUCAACCAAGGGAUGAUGCCUUAAGCCGGACAGUGGCAGUGACCUCACUGCCAGCUGAGACUGUGUUCUCAGAUGCCCGCACUGGCACUGAUGUAAGUUUAAGGAAAUACUUGGUGAAAGGCACUAAAACCCUGCUGGUUUUAAUACGGCAGUUCUCCUGCCUCCUUUGCCGCCUCCAUUUCAAGGAGCUACAGGCCCGUCAGGGGGACCUAGAUCAGAGAUCUAUCCGAGUGGUGGUAGUUUCAUUUGGGUGCCAGGAGGGAGCACUAGACUGGCUGAAGGAAACAGGUUGCCCUUAUGACAUGUUGCUAGACCCACAGAGGAAUGUCUACACUGCAUUCGGCUUUGGAGUGUCUCUCUUGCAAGUCUUGCGUUUUAACAACAUGCUUCAGUACUCUGAGUUUAUCCUCAGCAACCUUGAGUUCCCACGACCGUUACCAACUAUUCAGGAUGAUAUGUUCCAGCUGGGUGGCGAUAUUCUCCUGGAUGACUGUGGUAGAGUCCUCUUUUCACACAGCUGCACCAGCCCCUUGGACAGGCCAGGAGUGGACGACAUCCUAUCUGCCAUCAGUUAACCCAAAAAUUGAAAAUGCCAUAAACAUGGCAGAUAAAUGAUCAAUGAUGUAUCUCACUGUCCUUUGACUGUAGCCAUAUAGUGUAAGUAACAGUCUGCUCAUCAUUAACAACUCAUGAAAUAUAAUGAACGUAAUCACUGCUCUCAUGUUGCAUUUGUGUCACUAUUUUCAACACACAAUGUUGUCCCUUGUUUUAUUAUUAUUAGCGCUGAAUCACUUUGCAAGAUAGUGAUGAAGGUAAAUGUGGGGGAUUCAG